GUUGUCUUAUGACGUGACCUACAGCCAUAGCUGCCAGAAAUCCGUCUGCGCCAUUUUGGAAAAGGGACACAGUGGCUGGGAGCCUCGUCGACCUGGGUACGCUGCGUUGUGCUGCGCCGUUGCGCGUGUUUUCGAGGCAAGGAUUUCUUUGAUUAAAGGGCAACCCGGUGACUGCUAAAACAAACAACAUUAACCAUGGCCAACCGAAAUUUUAAAGCGGGUAACAUUGGAAGCAAUUCGCCGUCUCCGAGACCGCAAAGCGCGAAGCUUAAUUCGGAGCCUGCAGGGCCUGAACUCGAGCCAAACGCGGAGAGGAGCGCGACGCCAUCGACGGAACCCGGGCUGGAAGUCAGCGUCGGGGAGCCGCUGGAAAUGACUUUUGACUUGAAGAGCUUCAGGAGACCCGGAGAGAAGACAUUCACCCAACGCUGCAGGUUGUUUGUGGGCAACCUUCCCACAGAUUUGACUGAGGAAGAUUUUAAGAAAAUGUUUGCUAAAUAUGGCGAAGCUAACGAAGUAUUCAUCAACCGUGAUCGAGGCUUCGGAUUUAUUCGACUGGAAACCAGGACGUUGGCAGAAAUUGCAAAAGCUGAACUGGAUGGGACUGUCCUGAGGAAUCGGCCUAUACGUGUACGGUUUGCCACACAUGGAGCUGCACUGACUGUGAAGAACCUCCACCCAGUGGUGUCCAAUGAGCUGCUGGAGCAGGCUUUCUCUCAGUUUGGGCCGGUUGAGAGAGCCAUCGUGGUGGUGGAUGACCGUGGCCGUCCCACUGGCAGGGGCUUCGUGGAGUUCGCCUCAAAGCCAGCUGCCCGCAAGGCACUUGACCGCUGUGCAGAGGGGGCUUUGCUGCUGACCACGUCACCCCGCCCAGCAGUUGUUGAACCAGCAGAACAAUUUGAAGAUGAAGAUGGACUUCCUGAGAAACUUCUACAAAAAACUGCGCAGUAUUACAAGGAGAGGGAACAGCCACCUCGUUUUGCCCAGCCAGGAACCUUUGAGUUUGAGUACUCAUCUCGCUGGAAGGCUUUGGAUGAGAUGGAGAAGCAGCAGCGUGAGCAGGUGGAUCGAAACAUUCGUGAGGCAAAGGAGAAGCUGGAGGCAGAGAUGGAGGCUGCACGUCACGAGCACCAGCUCAUGAUGAUGAGGCAAGAUCUGAUGCGGCGACAAGAGGAGCUGAGACGCCUGGAGGAGCUGAGAAACCAAGAGCUGCAGAAACGCAAGCAGAUUGAGAUGAGACAUGAAGAAGAGAGACGUCGUCGUGAAGAGGAGAUGAUGCGCCACCGGGGACAAGAGGAACUGAGACGGCAACCAGAUGGGUUCAAGCCCAGCUAUAUGGACAGUAGAGAACAGGAUAUGAGAAUGGGUGAUAUGGGUCCACGUGGAGCGAUAAAUAUGGGAGAUUCGUAUAGCCCAGCUGUGGCUGGUGCUAACCAGGGACCUCAAAUGAUGGGCUUGGGUGUGACGGGUCGUGCUGGAGCCCUGGGGCCCGACGGAGCCGCCGGCAUGGGGACACCGAUGAUGCCCGAUAACGGAGCCAUGCGCAAUGAUAGGUUCCCCCCGGCCGGUGGCCCUUCCCCGAUGGGCACUCCCAUUGGCAAUCGGUCAGGAGUGGAAGGCCAGCAGCAACCAACGCAACAGCAGCAGCAGCCACCCAUGAUGGGUGUUGGCCCAGUAGGGGGCGCCGGUGGGCCCCCAGGUUUCGGGAGAGGGAACCAAGGCGGGCCGAGCUUUGAUGGACCCAACAACAAGCGCCGCCGCUACUGAAGCUGUUUGAAGGUGGUUGUCCCUAGUUACCAUCACCUCCCUGCAGUACAAAGAUCGGGCGUUCUUUGUGCUACCCUUUUCAUUAAAUGUUGUGGGAAUUUCUGCUCUAGUUUUCAGAUUUUGUUGUGGCUCUGAUUUUUCACAGUAAACAUUUUCAGCCAACCAGGGUUGAGCACUGCAGUGCAUCUGGUCAAUGGCUGUUAGCAAAGGAAAAAAAGUUUCACUAAGUGUGUUAUUUGACUCGGUUUAAUUUUCAUGCCCUCGGUUUAAUUUAGUUUUUUGUUCUAGUGACAAAGGGUAAAAUUAUGAAGCGAAUUAAGAAUUUCUUAGAUAUUUCUUGGUGCCAUGCCCGUCCAUUGCUCCUUUUUAAUUUUUAUUUUUAAAUAGUAGCUUGCUUAAUGUUUAAGAUGUGAAUGAGUAUCUUUUUUAUUUUAGAAUAGGCAUAAUUGUUCCAGAUGCAUGCCUCCUGCUUUGUACCUUCUGACAGCAGUUUAUAGUGAUCUGUGAAACACCAACACUCCACAUUUUUGUUCUAGUAUUUCGGCAAUUGUAAUAAACACAGAAUUUGAAACGGUAGCUGUGUGUCUUGACAUUAAAGUGUUGUUAUUUCAGUAGUUUGUGUUUUUUUCAGGUUGCUGUGUCAAACUGUCUAUAAGAUAUGAAAAAUUGUGUGUUGUGGAAAGUGUUUAGGUUUUUUCAUAUCUUUAGCCCAAAGAGCAUAGUUUUGAAGUCAUUAUCAUAUUCUCUGCUUCUGUUCUGAAAGUCUUACGGAAACCAUUCAGUGAAUUAUUUCCCUGAUCUGUAGGAGACCUACCAUUUAGAUCUCAUAUAAUAAGAGAACUGAUAAUGAGACACUACAUUAAAUUAAACUUUGAUUAGAUUAAGGGUUUAAUGCUGGUGUAAAAACUUCAGAUGGCAUCUCAUUUUGAACUUUUCUGAGAUUCCUAUGCUAGGAAUCUCAGAUUUGUUCCAGAUGUGCUCUGCUGGUAGAGGUGCCUUAUAGCCUGUAUCAGGGAUAUAGAAUUCAAAUUAUAGCUGGGCCUGUAAUGUGUUUAUUUUUGUUUGGUGUGAUACCUAUUUCACCUAGUUGCAAUCUUGCUUUUUUUUGUGAAAACUCUCCCUUAUUCCUUUUAAAGUUUUUACUUGCAGACUGUGAACAUAUGUUUUUACGCUUGAAAGUGAAAUCAUCGAUUUGAUUUUGUUGCAGUGGGCCCACCAAUAGACCAUCCAUAUGAUAUUUUUAAUGCAAGUAUAUUUUCCUUUUAGGGAUUGGGUUAGAACUAGUAGUAUUUAUGCAAUACACGCUGUAUUAUCACAAGGUAAAUAAAUGCAUUUUGAAUCUUAA